UCUCUCCCACCAAACAAUGGCUAAUUUCCUCCAGAUAACCCAUUACCAACCACAUUGACAUUUCAAGUUAAUGAUGCUCUCUGGGUGGAUCCAUAUUGAUAAGGGGCCCUCCCAGCAGCCUUCCCAGUGGCCAGGCAGGCAGGCACAGCUCUUUGUCCCCUUGUUUUUGUGCCCCUGAGCCAUUGUUCAGGUUUAGCCACGUGCAGAGGUCAGGCUGUACCCGCUGCCUUCCCCUGCCACCCCUGCCAAGGUUCCCCAGACAGCCACAGGGGUUCCCACUGCCCUAUAAAUGCCAGAGUGCUCCCUCCUCCCCUGCUCAAAGGUUCUGGCAUUGUGUCCCUGUCUCCACACUGCAGCUGAGACCUUCCACCAUGAAGCUCUUCUCCUGCCUCAUGGCUCUCCUGCUUUUCCUCCUCCAGGCUGUUCCAGGUCUCGGCUUGCCCAGGGACACCUUGCGUUGUUUGGAAUACCACGGAUACUGCUUCCACCUGAAAUCCUGCCCAGAGCCCUUUGCUGCCUUUGGGACUUGCUAUCGGCGCCGGAGGACCUGCUGUGUUGACACAACAUCCAACUUCCACAUCUGCCAAGAUGAGGGGGGCCAUUGUGUGCCCCCAGAAGUCAGAUGUCUGCAAGAGCAAGAGGGGCUCUGCCCUCGCAGAGGAUGGAAAUGCUGCACAGAAGUGUGACAAGGACCUCGUGGGACUGCAGAAAACCAUGGGAAUGAACAGCCAAGAAAGAAAACAAGUUUUACUCCAAGUGUUGUAGAUGUGUCUGCUGUUCUCAACA